CUGACACCCCUACCCCCGCCCCGGUCCCCCCCAUGGAGGCUUUUCCCGGCGGCAAGCUGGAGCAGCACCGGCACCUCCCGCCCGUGGAGUGCCUACCGGCGGCCCGGUUCGGCGGCCGGAGUCACAGCACCUGCGGAAACGUCUUCAACUCCUGGAACGACUACCUGGGGCUCGCCACGCUCAUCACCAAAGCCGUGCACCCAGGAAAAGGUUUCGGCGCCGAGCCCCCCGUGGUGGUGGCGGCGGCUGAGGAGGAGGAAGAGGAAGAGGAGGAGGAGGAGGAAGAGGUGGCGGGACCGUACUUCGAGGACUUGCACGACUUGGACCUGUGCGGGCAUCACCUUCAUCACCACCAUCACCACCACCACGGCGAGGGGCUGCUGGAGGAGCGUUUCGCCGAUUUCAGCCCCUUCCCUGGGCGCGGCGGUCCGGCGGCCGUCGUUUUCGACUGCUCGGGGGAGCACCCGGGCCGGGAGGGUUCGGCCCACGCCUGGGGCGGGGUGGUGGUGGCGGGUCGGCUGCCGAACCACCCGCGGGCCGCCUCCCGUCUCCUCAAACGAUUGCAGGUCUGCGUCUUCUGCCGGAAUAACAAGGAGGCGGUGGCCCUCUACACCACCCACAUCCUCAAGGGACCCGACGGCCGCGUCCUCUGCCCGGUGCUCCGGCGCUACACCUGCCCUCUCUGCGGGGCCAGCGGCGACAAUGCCCACACCAUCAAGUACUGUCCCCUCUCCAAAAUGCAGGCGGCCAAACAGCUCAAACACGCCCGGACCGCCCUGGGGAAGAAGGGGCGUUAGGCGCCGGCACCCCGGGGGCAGCCCCGGCUUCCUCCCGCCUCUUCCCUGGGGGUUUUGUUGGUUUUAUUUUGGAGCGGAUGGCGGGUUUUGUGCAUUCACACAUUAAUACAUUAAAGGCGAGGACUGGCGAGCGGGAGCGCCGGGCCG